UUUGCAUUUCCUGAAACCGGAUCUUAGUGUCAGAGCCGCCCCUGGGCCGGGGCGGGCGCCUCAGCCAUGGCCCUGCGCAAGGAGCUGCUCAAGUCCAUCUGGUACGCCUUCACUGCCCUGGACGUGGAGAAGAGCGGCAAGGUCUCCAAGUCCCAACUCAAGGUGCUGUCCCACAACCUGUACACCGUCCUGCACAUCCCCCAUGACCCCGUGGCCCUGGAGGAACACUUCCGGGAUGAUGACGACGGCCCCGUGUCCAGUCAAGGUUACAUGCCCUACCUCAACAAGUACAUCCUAGACAAGGUGGAGGAGGGGGCCUUCGUCAAAGAGCAUUUUGAUGAGCUGUGCUGGACGCUGACGGCCAAGAAGAACUAUCGAGCCGACAGCAAUGGGAACAGCCUGCUCUCCAAUCAGGACGCCUUCCGUCUCUGGUGUCUCUUCAACUUCCUGUCUGAGGACAAGUACCCACUGAUCAUGGUUCUUGAUGAGGUGGAGUAUCUCCUGAAGAAGCUCCUGAGCAGCAUGAGCUUGGAGAUGGGCUUGGGCGAGCUGGAGGAGUUGCUGGCUCCCGAUGCCCAGGCAGCCCAGACCUCCGGAGGGCUCAGCGUCUGGCAGUUCCUGGAGCUCUUCAACUCGGGCCGCUGCCUGCGGAGUGUGGGGCGCGAGUCCCUCAGCAUGGCCAUCCAGGAAGUGUACCAGGAGCUCAUCCAAGACAUCCUGAAACAGGGCUAUCUGUGGAAGCGAGGGCACCUGAGGAGGAACUGGGCCGAGCGCUGGUUCCAGCUGCAGCCCAGCUGCCUCUGCUACUUUGCGAGCGAAGAGUGCAAGGAGAAGAGAGGCACCAUUCCCCUGGAUGCUCACUGCUGUGUGGAGGUGCUUCCGGACCGCGAAGGAAAGCGCUGCAUGUUUUGUGUGAAGACUGCCAGCCGCACGUACGAGAUGAGCGCCUCGGACACGCGCCAGCGCCAGGAGUGGACGGCCGCCAUCCAGACUGCGAUCCGGCUGCAGUCUGAGGGCAAGACGUCGCUGCACAAGGACCUGAAGCAGAAGCGGCGGGAGCAGCGGGAGCAGCGCGAGCGGCGCCGGGUAGCCAAGGAGGAGGAGCUGCUGCGGCUGCAGCAGCUGCAGGAGGAGAAGGAGAGGAAGCUGCAGGAGCUGGAGCUGCUGCAGGAAGCGCAGCGGCAGGCCGAGCGGCUGCUGCAGGAGGAGGAGGAGCGCCGCCGCAACCAGCAUCAGGAGCUACAGCAGGCUCUGGAGGGCCAGCUGCGGGAGGCGGAGCAGGCCCGGGCCUCUAUGCAGGCUGAGAUGGAGUUGAAGAAGGAGGAGGCGGCCCGGCAGCGGCAGCGCAUCGCCGAGCUGGAGGAGAUGCAGGAGCGGCUGCAGGAAGCCCUGCAACUGGAGGUGAAAGCCAGGCGGGACGAGGAGGCCGUGCGCCUCGCCCAGACCAGGCUGCUGGAGGAGGAGGAGGAGAAGCUCAAGCAGCUGAUGCGGCUGAAGGAGGAGCAGGAGCGCUACAUCGAGCGGGCGCAGCAGGAGAAGGAGGAGCUGCAGCAGGAGAUGGCGCUGCAGAGCCGCUCCCUGCAGCAGGCCCAGCAGCAGCUGGAGGAGGUGCGGCAGAACCGGCAGAGGGCGGACGAGGACGUGGAGGCUGCCCAGAGGAAGCUGCACCAGGCCAGCACCAACGUGAAACACUGGAAUGUCCAGAUGAACAGGCUCAUGCAUCCGAUUGAGCCGGGAGAUAAGCGGCCCACCACCGGCUCCUUCACUGGCUUCCAGCCUUCUCCGCUCGCCCGCAGGGACUCCUCUCUGAAACGCCUGACCCGCUGGGGCUCCCAAGGCAACCGAACCCUUUCGGCCAACAGCAGUGAACAGAAGUCCCUCAAUGGCGGGGAUGAGACCCCCAUCCCGGCUUCUGCCUCUCAGGAAGAUAAGCUGGAUCCGGCACCAGAAGAUUAGCCUCUGGUGACCCCGUUCUUCCGGUGCGGUGACUGCUGGGACCUGGCCACAGCGGGCCUGCAGGCGGCUGACCACCUCCUCUGGUACCAUCCUGGUGCUACCACCUGCUGACCAGAACCUGGUCCAGGAUGGGACUGAUUGCUCUUCUCAGCAGGUCCAGACCAUGGAGGCUGUCCAGGAUAUUGGUACUUGAGAAUAUGGUUCUGUUCUUCAGCCUCAAGGACCCUGUGCCCAGGGCUGUGAGAGAAAGUGAACAACCAAGACAGGGGUCAUGUGCCCCUCCCUCCAGGCUACUGCAGAGGAGUCACGGGCAGGCUAACUUCCAAAUAAACCUGCUCACACGUACCCACAGCUCUUGCCCCUCCCUCGCUCCGCCCCUUCCCCAGAGUUCAAGAGAUGGCAGGUGUGGUGAGGCGGUUAGGAGUAUGAACCUGGCGGUGCCAUUUUCUCUCGGGUGAAACUUCACUCCCCACACUGGUUGACAGAGAGGAUCAUGGUCCCCCACGCCGAGGUCCUGUGAGGGGCGUGCCCUUGGCGCAGUGGUGGGCAUCAUCAGGACCCCAAGUGUUUGCUGAGCAUCUGCUGUCUGCCCGAAGGCUACCCACGUCACUACUGCAUUCCCAGAGCAACAGUGCUGGACCACUGUUCGUCACAACUGUGGAUGUCGGGGCCAAUCGGGUAGUGUGUCCAAAGCCUUCCGGACUGGCUUUUCAUCCUGUGUUCUCUGACUCAGGUCCUUGCUCUCACAGACAAGAGAGCUAUGCUCUAGACCCCACAGGGUUUGCUUCCAUUUCUAGACCCCUCACCCCACCCUACAAUGGCCACUGGGGGCGCUGGUCCUCUCUCUCAUACGGCUUAAAUCUCGAACAUCCCCUCUUUUGUCGAAUGCUUGCUCCCCAGCUGGGGGCACUAUUUCUGGGAAAUGGCAGCACCCUAUGCUCUCUGCUUCCUGUCCUGCCAAGAUGUCAACAGCCCCUCGGCACCCUGCCGUUUCUGCCGUGAUGGCGUGAGCCCUCCAAAACCUAAGCCAAAAACAAAACAAAACAAAAGUUUUCUCCCUUCA